AUGCUCCUGAAAAACGGCGUAGAAAACGGCCAUGUCGAUCGGAUUUCUCCACGAAGUAUCCAACAAAGUGUCACUUCUGUGACAGCAAGCGCACGCGUCGCGUCCGCGAGGAAGCGGACGACCAGUGGGCUGGCGCCGCCACUCUCCCUCCCGCUCGUUGCCAAACGCGGCGCAUACCCUCCCCUCGCUGACGUGUCACGUUAUCAGGCGCCUCGCAGUGGGAUCCGAUGGAUGCAUAUCAUAUCUGAGCAGAAUGGGUCAGAAAACCUCAUACUGCUAGGAUUAGCGAGGAAAAAAACCGCAGUGAAAGCUGUCGUCAAUUCCUUCAAAGGAGCCGAAGAUGAGACGUUUUCUCUGUUUUCUUCCCUUAUCGAUCGCAGUAAAAGUAAACUCAGAAGGUUUUGGAAAUUUCCGUCCACAAAAAAGACAAAAAUAGGAGCAUUGGAAUUGCGGGAAAUCACAAUAAAAAAGAACUGUAUCUUUUGUUUUAAAAUGAAUUCUGAAACCUGUUGA